AUGGCCAACCUCCUCCGCAACAAGGUCAUUCUUGUGACCGGAAGCUCCUCCGGCAUUGGAAGAGCAAUUGCAGCCCAGUGCGCUCAACAAGGCGCCGCUGUAGUCCUGCACCAUCGCGGCGACUCCCACAGUCGUCACGAUGCCGAGACACUCCGCGAUGAGCUCACCCAGACAGGCCCCGUCAUGCUCAACGACCAAAAGGCCUCUCACCUUGUUGUCGGGGCCGAUCUCACCACUGAAGGAGCCAGCAGCAGCGUGGUCAGUCAGACCGUCUCCGCAUUCGGACGCAUCGAUGGUCUAGUCAAUAAUGCGGGCAUCUGCCAGUUUGCGCCCGCCAGCUCCGUCACGAAACCAUUGUUGAUCAACCACAUGAAUGUCAAUUUCAUGGCGGCUUAUCUCCUCACCCAAGCGGCUACGCAGCAGAUGAUCCGCCAGGGUCACGGAGGGAGCAUCGUUUCCAUAUCAUCAAUCACUGCGAAGCUAGGGUCGUCAAACCUUACGCAUUAUGCGCCUACGAAAGCGGCGCUGCUCGCCAUGUCCGCUUCAUUCGCUGUGGAAUUCGGCAAGCAUAAUAUCCGAUACAACUGCAUCCUGCCUGGGACGAUCCAGACUGCCAUGAACAAGAAGGACCUGGCGAACAAUGGAAAGGGGGAGUGGAUGGCAGGCAGAGUUCCGUUGAAAAGGCUGGGGUGUCCGGACGACAUCGCGAGAUCAGUUCUCUUCUUUGCCAGCGACCUCUCUGCAUACGUGACUGGUCAGCAAAUGAUCGUUGAUGGGGGAGCAUCAAUAAAUUAUCAAUGA